AUCCGACGAGAAUGUAAUCGAUGUAGGAAAUGUAGUCGAUAUUCAUUGACGUUAAUAAAAUUAGAAGUGCCAAAUAUAAGCAUAACCAAAAUGUUUUGUAUUCGUAUUACUGGUGAAUUUAAUAAAAUUUAAUAUUUAAUGAAUCGUGUACGUAUGUAUUUAGUAGAUAAUGGGUUCGAGAGCACGUUCUUGUUUCUUACGGUGUCUGCUGGACUCACAUGCACCUAUUAAACUACCUCAUAAUGAAGAAAAGGUAAUAGGUCGCAACAAAUUAACAAAAAUAAAAGAUCAGUCGUGUUCUCGACAGCAACUUUCUCUCAAAGCAGACUGUGAAAAAUGCUUGGUUGAAAUCAAACAAUUGGGUGUAAAUUCUUCUGGUCUCGACGGAUUCGCUCUGAUAAGAAAUGUGGAAUACAAAGCAGAACAUGGAGCUAAAGUAGAAGUUCUGUUUAAUAAUUUUGUCCAUUUAAUAGAGUUUGAUCCACCACCAGAAAAUUCUGAUAAACAAAAAAAACUUGGCAACAAACGAAAACUAGAUGAGGAUGAAGAAUCACCAAGGAAGAAGAAAAGUUUAAAAAUGGAAACUGUGACUGAAGUGCCAGUAAAAGCAGCUGUUGAAAACAUGUGGGAAGACAUUGACAGAGGUGAACUUUAUGUGUUCACUUCAAAAGGAGUCAAGGCAAGCAAGAAAAUAGCGGCUUUUGAUAUGGAUGGCACUCUGAUCAAAACUAAGUCUGGCAAAGUCCAUCCAGUUGACUGUAAUGAUUGGCAAAUAGCAUUUCCUACUGUUCAAAAGAAGCUGAAAGAGCAUGCAGACCAGGGUUACAAACUUGUGAUAUUAAGUAACCAAGCACCAAUAGGCAAUGGCCGAGUAAAAAUAGAAGAUUUUAAGAAAAAGAUUGAAAAUAUAGUCAUAAAGUUGGAUUUGCCAUUCCAAGUAUACAUAGCCACUGGAAAAGGGUUCUAUAGGAAACCAACGCCUGGAAUGUGGAAAGUUUUGUCUGAACAGAAUAAUGAUGGACUAGAAAUAGACAUGGCCCAGAGUUUCUACUGUGGAGACGCUGCAGGCAGGGUCGCUAACUGGGCGCCUGGAAAGAAGAAGGAUCACUCAAUGGCUGACAAACUCUUGGCAGAAAAUCUCAACCUUAGGUUUUAUACACCAGAACAAUUUUUCUUAGGACAUUCAAUAGCUAAUGUACCAAUGAGUAAACCAGAUUUCAAUCCUAAAGAUCUUACCUCUUCAACAUUUAAUCAGGAUUUAAUUAGCAAAGUAAAAGAGAUUUUGGUACUGGUCGGCUUCCCUGGUAGUGGAAAAUCGUUUUUGGCAAAACAAAUAGAAAAGAAGUCUGGAUACAAUUAUGUUGCCGUAUGUAGAGAUGUUCUCGGAUCAUGGCAAAAAUGUGCUGCUGAAGCCACAAAAUUAUUACAGAAAGGCAAAAGCGUCGUAGUCGACAGCACGAAUCCCGAUAAAGAGUCUCGCGCUCGUUGGAUAUCACUCGCUAAGGAAACAAAGGUGGAAUGUCGAUGUGCCAAGAUGACAGCGAGCAUAGCCCACGCGAAACACAACAACAAGUUCCGAGAACUGAUGAAAAUCAACCACAUUCCUGUCAAUGAUAUUGUUUAUCAUACUUACAAAAAUAAGUUCGUAGAGCCUACAACUAAUGAGGGUUUCAAACAAGUCAUUGAGGUUAAUUUCUCACCUGCUUUCGAAGACACGGAAUCAGAAUCGAUAUAUAAAAUGCAUUUACUAGAGAAAUAAAAAUUUUAAUUAUGGGAAA